AUGGCUGUGAGGUUGGAUUUACUCGAAGGACCUAAACUGAAGCAAGAGGACUUUGAGGAGUACUAUGGGCGGGUGACUGACCAUCUCUACUUCGAAUGUGUCGAUGAUAGGGGAAAUGGUCAGGGCUACGCUGUGGCUGAGGUGGUGAAGAAGUUCAGAGCCGACAAGGACGGGGCCUUUCUGCAGGUGCGACAUCGGUCAGACAGGACUCCUGAAGAUGACUCUCGCGAUGAGAGGGGUCAGCCUGAAAAGGCCCGGGGGACUGUGGGAGCAGUCACCAGGGGCAAAGAGGCCCUCCGUCGACAUCGGACCACUCCGCUGGAUGCCAUGCUGGAUGAUGACGUCCUGGAUCCCAUGCAGAGCAAAACUGAUGAGCGCUUUGAUGAGCUGCGAAAAGCCCUGGAGGAGAAGAAGCGCACCCGUGCUGAUGCCAGUGCUGUGCUGGCAAAGCGGGUCCUUGAGACCCCUGAAGGGGGGCAGAAGAAGCGAAAGAAGGAGUCGGAAAAGGACAAGGUUCACAAGGCGCUGAAGAUCCUUUCGGGGAAGAAGAAGGAGGAGUCAUCGGGAUCAGAGAGCCCCAGUGAGGACGAUGAUGAGUCCUAUCUACGUGGUGAAAGCAAAGACAGUGACUUGCUGGGCAGACAGAAAAAGUUGCGGCGUAUGUCAUCUGCAAAGCCGGGCUGUCUCCUGGCACGAGGCUAUGGCCUUAUGCACGAGCAGUUGGGAACGCUUCACGGAGACAAAGGAGGCAAUCCUGACAAGGAGGCCCUGCUACAACCUGCUGCUGUACGGUAUCUGCUGUCCAGUGCGCUGCCCCUGACUGAUCUGAAGAAGGUCGGCGAAGAGAAGUUGCGAGAGUUGCGCACUCUUGCAUGCUCGUUGGACCUGUUGGUCAGUGGCCGUGUGGGUGCUGCAGGAGACCACAUGAUGCAGCGCAUGAAAAGCAUUCUGAUGGGAAUGCGUGAUGGAUCUACGGCGGCAAGUCGCUACCUGGAGCUCAUCCCCACGGAGGUGUAUCCCAUGGCGGCCACUAUGGAAGAGACGGACUAUGCCCGAGAGUUGGCAGUGAAGCAUGCCAAGAGUGAGCGUCUCUUGGAGCAGGUGAAGACAGCUCUGAGGUCGCCGGGGAAAGAAAGCCCGAACAGGAGUCGCAGCCCUCUUCCGAGGAAGGUGCAAGUGCAGUUCGAUCCGAAGGAGAAGGAGAUCCCUGCGGAGUUAGGGGAUUCGAACCCCAAUUUGAUGAGGAUGAAAGAUGCCAGAGAAGCGGUGCCCCGGAAAGAAGGAGAGUCCAGGAACGAUUGGAAGAAUCGCAUCUUUCAGCACAAGAGGAAGUUCGAGGAGAAGAUGGCCCAGUCCUCGAAGGGAAAGACGAAGGUGGAAGCCUGUGAGAUGACCAUGCAGUCUGUGAUGGCAGGCUGUGAGGUCCAGCCCCCUGUGGUGGCAGGGAAGGCCGCGGCCUGCGUAGCUGGCAUGGAAGUGCCCAGUGUAAAGCGUGGGGCCAAUUUGAAUGACCCUUCCAAUGAGGUGGCUUUUUGUGAACUGUGCACCGAAGUGACCCUUUUGCGUCCCUCAGUUCUCCAGCUUGGAAUUUCUGUGAUGCAGCUCCUACUUUGCAGCCCACGUGAUGGGAAGUCGAUGUGCCAAUGGUUUGAACAACAGUUUUCACUUUCCUCCACAACACCUAUUCGAGUCAGGGAUGUGUUGCCUCUUCCCUUGACUCCUGUGGGAGCUGCCAUGAAACUUGUGGCCCGAAUGGAGGCUACUCAAUCCGGCCUGCUAGUGGCGUCGAACUUGUCCACUGGGCCCAGCAAAAAGAAGGGGCGUCAACAACUCGGGCGGUUGGUCCGGGAGGGGUCACGACAGUUGUGGCGUUUGCUGGUGAUAGUGGUAUUGAAUGGUAUGAAUGAUGAUUGGGUUUAUAGAUCUUGGAAGUCAGAAAAACACACCCCCACUCAAGCAGCUGCCAUUGAUGUCAUCAACAGAUGGAUUGACGGUUUUUGUCAGGAGCCCUUGAAAGAGGUCACACUUCCCGUUUUUUCAGAACUUGUUCAAUCACGUUCCAUUGAUUAUUCAGGGGAUGAGGUGGGUCAUGCGCUUCCCUUGAGGCUGGAAGAACUACUUCCUGGACUGCCAAUUCGAGGGGUGGCUGGCUCCUUGAGUGCAGCGGCGGCUGCAACUGGCGGCAUUAAGGAUUGGGUGUGUGAUCCUUCUCUGACUCUAAAACCCCCUGAACAGUGGCCAAAAGUUGUUCCCAAAGCCCGCAUAAAUGCCAGUAAAACUGAAUGGUACCGGGUCUGCAGAGUCCUAUUUGACAGGGGGCUUAUAGAAGCCAUACCCCUUGAAAAUGUCUUUCACGCUGGGGGGGUCCCAGUGCUCAAUGGUGCGUUCUCUGUGGAGAAAAAAGGUAAAGCAGAGGGAAGUGAAAAACGUGUUACCAGACUAAUCAUGAACUUUGUUCCCACAAAUGCCUUCCAGAACUUGAUGGCUGGUGACCUCAACACGUUAUCUAGUUCUUCUGCUUGGUGCCAACUGAUUCUAAGGGAUGGUGAGACUCUUCUAUGGAGUGGAGAUGAUCAACGAGGUGCCUUCUAUGCCUGGGAGCUGCCAGACAGCUGGCGACCAUUUAUGGCGUUUGCGUGGCCGGUGCCUGGCGAAGUGGUGGGGUCCACUCAGCCCUGGGAGUACGUCGCGUCACGAGUGAUUCCUAUGGGGUGGAUCCAGGCGGUCAGCCUCUUUCAGCACUUGCACCGUCAGAUUGGGAUGGCGAGACAACCUGAGGGAGCAGGACAUGCAGCCGAGCUGGAAUGGCGGCGAGACUUGCCAGCCCCCCAGUCCUCAGAUGGAACCCUUACAGAGUUUGUGCAGUUCUAUUUGGAUGACUUUGACUGUCCAGAGCUGGUUCCCAGUGAAGGCUGGGAAGAAAAGCGAGGCUCUAUGAGUGAGACCCACGCCAGGCAGCGGCAGGCCUAUGGAAGGUGGGGGGUUGGCAUAGCGGAGAACAAAGCACACUUGAGGGAGCCCAAGGUGAUUCGGAUGGGAGCAGAGGUAGACGGCCUGAGAGGAACGGUCUCCGCUCCACUAGACAAGAAGCUGGAAGUGGCCUUCUUUGCCAUCUGGAUGAUGGGGCGUGGAACCACGGCUACCAAGGUGCGACUGAUGGUCUUGGGGAGGUUGGUGAGGUGUUUCGAGUUCCGAAGACCUCUGAUGUGCCUGUUGUCUGCAGUGUGGCCGAGAGGGAACUUGCAAGUGAGACGACCUCUCUCGCCCUCCGGCAUCCAAGAGCUGUUGAGGUGCAUUGCCAUGCUGCCAAUGGCUGGAACUGACCUGAGGGCUCAGGUCAGCAGCAUGGUUACCAGCUCCGAUGCGAGUGAAGCAGGUGGUGGCCUGUGCGCGUCUGGAGGCCUUACAGAUGAAGGGCACACUAUGCUGAACCAACUUGCAAGCCCAGCUUAUCGACGUGACCGCAUGUUACCCUUUGCUGCUCAAGGUGCAAUGGAGUCUAGAAAAACCGAAGGUCCCCGCAUUGUGGUGGUGUCACUCUUCGAUGGCAUUGCUGCCCUUAUGGUGGGCUUAUGCAGGCUGCAGUGCAGGGUUGUGGCCUUCGCUUCAUCCGAAAUCGAUGCAAGUUGCAAGCGGCUUGUGCGGCGACGUUGGCCUGGAGUCAUAGAGUUGGGCAAUGUGGAGAAGAUCAACCAAGGUGUCUUGGACAACCUCAGUAAGAGCUGCGGACACGCAGUGGACUUGGUCUUGGUAGGGGGUGGUAGUCCCUGCCAAGACCUCUCUGCUCUUCUGGCGAAUCGUCAAGGACUGCAAGGUGCACGAAGCAAACUGUUCUUUGAGAUGCCGCGCAUUUUCAAAGGGUUGCGGAAAGCCUUCAACUGCCCUGUUCACUCCUUUGUGGAAAAUGUCUUCUCCAUGACCAAGGACAACAGGGAUCAGUUUUCAGCAACACUUGAGGUUGAGCCAAUCCUCGUUGACUGCACGGCGUUCUCACAGUGCCGAAGGCCGCGCCUCUUCUGGGUGGACUGGAAAGUGGAAGCUAGGACAGGGGAGGCUCUCCUACAACGAGAUGGAUACCGAGAAUGGAUCUUCCCCCCCCUGUUGGCGGACAGGGACUGGUGGUUAGAUCCACUCUGUCAACGGGCUUGCAAAGAUCCCCUGCCGACCUUGACGAGGGCGCUCCCUCGGGCUUCGCCCCCUCGACAGCCGGCCGGUAUUCACCAAGCCUCGCAAGAGGCCAUUGAAAGGUGGACCCGGGACCGACAUCGCUUUCAGGUUUACAAUUAUGAAAGCUGGCAGAUGGUCCUUCGCCCUGAUGGAUCUUUGAGAUUGCCCAGCCUCAUGGAACGUGAACGAGUGAUGGGGUUUCCGCAAGGAUAUGUGUCAUGCGGAUUGAAUCCCAAACUGACCAUGGAUGAGGCGUUCAACAUGGGGGCAAGCAUGCUGGGGAACUCGUUCAACGUCUACGCUAUUACCUUCUUGCUGGACGAACUGCUCAAGACAGUGAACCCACUCCACCGAACCAGGUGCCUUGACAGCAUCCUAGCAAGGGGUGAGGUGGCCCCUCAAGGGUGGUGUAGCAAACCUGAGUUUUUGCCGUCCAGCAAACCUGAUGCCGCCUCUGGUAGGUUGGUUCAAGAAUUUCUAAGGCAGAGUGACAGAGGUGGUUGUGAUGUUAAACUUGAUGUAGGCAUUCCUUUCAGAACAAAAGCAUGGCCGCGUGCGGGAAUUCGUUCUAGCCUCUUCAAUUGGCGAAUCAUACAUGGAUAUCCUUGGAAGUUUGCUGCACAUAUUAAUGUUCUAGAGCUUCAAGGGGUUGUCAAUAGCUUGCAAUGGCGCCUUCGAAAAGUGGACGGCUUUAGGAGUCGACUGCUUCACCUGGUGGACAGCCAGGUUGUGGCGGCAGUGAUAGCAAAAGGUCGCUCAAGCAGCCGCCGGCUACGGAUUGGUCUUCAAAGAUUGUCAGCUCUGAGUCUCUCAGGGGGGCUACAAUUGGCCAUAGGCUACGUAGCUACUCACGACAACCCUGCUGAUCUUCCCAGCCGAUGGGCAAACAAACCAAAGUUCAAACUGAAAGGCGCCGACAAGAAAGGAAGAAACAGAGAGCCUCGCUGA